AUGAGGAUGAAGAGCCUUUCACUUCUCCUGCUGCUGUAUGUGGCCAUCUCUUCUGCUUUUCCUGUGGCUCCAGAAGCAAAAGAUGAAGGAAAAACCCUACAGCUUGUAGAGAGUUAUCUACAGAAUUUCUACAAUCUUCAGAGGGAUCACCAGCCUCAUUUAAGAAACAAGGAUGAAAAUCCCCUUGUUGCAAAGCUCAAGGAAAUGCAAGAAUUCUUUGGACUACAAGUGACCGGGAAACCUGAUCUUGAGACAUUGGACAUGAUGAAAAAACCCAGAUGUGGUAUACCUGAUAUAGAGCAAUAUGUGUUCACAGCAGGGAAUCCCAAAUGGAAAAGAAAUAAUCUGACAUACAGGAUUUUGAAUUACACCCCAAAGAUGAGACGAGCUGAUGUAGAAGAAGCAAUCCGAAAAGCUCUCAGUGUCUGGAGCAACGUAACACCAUUGACAUUCGAAAAGGUUGAGGACAAAGAAGCAGAUAUAAUGAUCUCUUUUGCUUAUAGAGACCACCGAGACAACUCUCCUUUUGAUGGCCCCAAUGGGCAGCUGGCUCAUGCUUUCCAGCCUGGCGAAGGUAUUGGUGGAGAUGUGCAUCUUGAUGAGGAGGAAACCUGGACAAAAGAUGGAAGAGGCUACAAUUUGUUCAUUGUUAUUGCCCAUGAGCUUGGCCAUUCACUGGGUCUGUCUCAUUCAAAUGAUCCUGGAGCACUGAUGUAUCCAACUUACUCCUACACCGACCCCAAUGAAUUCCUCCUUCCUCAGGAUGACAUUGAUGGCAUUCAAGCCAUCUAUGGACAGUCCAAUGCUGCUGUACAGCCAACAGGACCCAUAACUCCACAGGCUUGUGACCCAAAUUUGACAUUUGAUGCUAUCACUACCCUACGUGGAGAAAUAAUAUUCUUCAAGGGCAGAUAUAUGCUGCGCAAACAUCCUGCGAGGACAGAGACAGAGCUCAAUUUUAUCUCACUGUUCUGGCCAAAGUUACCAUCAGGAAUUCAAGCUGCUUAUGAAAACAUCGAGAAGGAUGAAGUUUUACUUUUUAAAGAGGAUAAAUACUGGGUUCUCAGGGGAUAUGACAUUGCACCUGGCUAUCCUAAACCAAUCUAUCGUUUGGGGUUCCCAAAAACUGUUAAAAGAGUUAAUGCAGCUUACACUGAUGAAACCACAGGAAAAACAUACUUCUUUACAGCUGACAGAUACUGGAGAUAUGAUGAAAACAAAAAAUCCAUGGAUCAUGGUUAUCCCAGGAAAAUAGUCUCCCACUUUGGAAAAAUUGGCAGAGUUGAUGCAGCUUUCCAGAAAGAUGGCUAUGUCUACUUCUUCCAUGGAACAACUCAGUUCCAGUUUGAUCCUCGUGCCAAACGGAUUGUCGGACAAAAGAAGAGCAUCAGCUGGUUUAAUUGUUAAUUGCAAU